GGCGACCCCGAAAGGAUAUAGGCCGCUGCGGGGAAGGGGGCGGGCAAACGGCAUAGGAAGGCGCCGGAAGUGGUCCGGAGCGGUGGGAGAAGGGUGGCCGAGGCAGAGGCUGCCUACUUGGCUGGAGCUGGGUGCCUCGGUACGGCGCAGGUUCACUGCUCUCCGAGUGCCUGGCGCAGUCUCUCCGCCUCGGCCAAACAUGGACUUCAGGGAAAUUCUCCUGAUAGCUUCCAAAGGACAAGGUGUCAACAACGUGCCGAAAAGAUACAGUUUGGCAGUGGGACCUCCAAAAAAAGACCCAAAAGUUAAAGGUGUUCAAUCAGCAGCAGUACAAGCUUUCCUCAGAAGAAAAGAAGAGGAAAUCAGACGAAAAGCUUUAGAGGAGAAAAGGAGAAAAGAAGAUCUAGUGAAAAAGCGAAUUGAGCUCAAACAUGACAAGAAAGAGCGGCCUAUGACUGCAGAAGAACUUAGGGAGCGAGAAUUUCUGGAACGAAAGCAUAGGAAAAAGAAGCUUGAGACAGAUGCAAAACUACCUCCAACUGUGUCCAAAAAGACACCAUCUCAGAAAGAAAGUGUGGGCACAAAACUUAGCAAAGUUUCUGGGGACAGGCUUCAUUCGUCCAAGGCAGUGUCCCUUCCUCAUGCUGAGAAGAAACCCAGACCCAGCGCGGCUCAUGAGAAACACUCAGCAUUGUCUUCAUCCAAGUCCUUCCCAGGAGAGAGGACCAAAGCAGGAUCUGGCAAUAACUCCCAGCCCUCGUUUCGUGAGGGUCAUGACAGACCUGUUUUCAAUGGGGCUGGAAAGCCCCGCUCCAGCACCUAUUCACCAAGUGUCCCAAAGACUUCUGCUAGGGGGGCUCAGAAAUCUGCCACUGAGCAUAAAGCCAAAAAAUCUCCUCCUUCCCAUCCUAGCCAUUCCAGGCCUGGGCCCAUGGUCACCCCACCCAAUAAGGCUAAGAGUCCAGCUGUCAGGCAGCCAGGCAGCAGUUCCAGCUCAGCUCCUGGGCGACCCAGCACAGGGUCCACGCAGCCCCCAGUUAGUUCUGGCCCUGUGCCCAGGCGCCAAAAUGGCAGCUGCACCUCAGGACCUGAGCGAUCAGUCAUCAGUGGGACCAAGAAGCCUGUGAAUGACUCAAAUCCUUCUGGGCGGACAGUCAGUGGAAUGAGUGGCCCUGGACGACCUGCAAGCAGCUCAAGUGGCCCUGGGCGGCCGAUUAGUGGCUCAGGUGGUUCUGGGAGACCUGUGGGAAGCUCUGGAGAUCCUGGACGACCUGUCAGCAGUUCACCUGACCUUCGACGACCAAUGAGUGGCCCGGGCACCCCUAGGCGCUUUGUCAAUGGCCCUGAGCGAUCUGUCAGUGGCUCAGUUCCAGCUGGACGGACUGUCAAUACUUCAGGCCCUGGAAGACCAGUGAGCAGCUUGGGAGCUGGGCGAACAGUUAUUAGCUCAGGCACCCCCAUAAAGCCCAAGUGCACCGUUGUCUCAGAAACAAUUUCUUCUAAGAAUAUAAUUAGCCGGUCUAGCAAUGGACAGAUGAAUGGACUGAAGUCCCCCCUGUCUGGCUACAGACCUGCCCCAGGUCCUCAAAGACUUCCCUUACCAACUGGUUACAAAAGGCAGAGAGAAUAUGAAGAUGAUGAUGAUGAAUAUGACUCUGAAAUGGAAGACUUUAUUGAAGAUGAAGGAGAACCUCAGGAAGAAAUUUCCAAGCACAUUCGAGAAAUCUUUGGCUAUGACCGAAAAAAAUACAAAGAUGAAAGUGAUUAUGCCUUACGUUACAUGGAGAGUAGUUGGAAAGAACAGCAGAAGGAGGAAGCAAAGAGCUUAAGGCUAGGUAUGCAAGAAGACUUGGAGGAAAUGAAGCGUGAAGAAGAAGAAAUGAAACGCAGAAAGGCCAAGAAGCUGAAGAGGCGUUAGCUGCUGCUUGUAUUUAUUUUUGUGAAAUUCUGGACAUACUCAGCUGUAAGGAUUUCCUGCCUUCAGACUGAAGGAGCUCCCUUUAUCCUCUAGACUUGAGUACUCCUGGGUACUCAAGGAGAAGGAACGCGUACUGUCAUUUGCAGGCUGUCAUUUGAGCAUGGACACUUCCCAAGUGCGGAUAGGAUGACGCCACGGCGUGCUCUGAUGCAGUUAGCUGUGCACAGUGCCGGCCUGGAUCCCGAUGAGCUAUGCACUCUAACGUGGGGCCAUUCACCAGUCAGCCGAUACUUUAUUGUUCCUUUGCUACUUUAAAAGGAAAAGAAAGAUUGCCUCUUGACUUGUAUAAUUUUUCUGCUGAUGUGCAAGUAGGCCACUGCCUGGCUCCCAGUCAAUCAAGCUUACUGUCUUGUUAGGAGGAACCUGGCCCUUCCAUGAAUGUUGCCAGCAAUAAAGUGACCUGUCCUAAUCUAUGUUUGGAUUGAGACUUUGAAAAUAGAGUAGGCUUUAUAAUAUGGAUGCUGUCCCUGUGACUUUGAAGUGCAAAGUAGAAUAAAUGAAUUGUAUUCUGCAUUAUCCAUGGAUUGGAUGCUGAGCAUUCCUACCAAGUUAGGUGAUUAGGUAAUUGACAGGUGAAAUACAAGUUAUGCCAAUAUAAGAAUAUUCUUUUUCUAGUUUUCCUUACUGUUAUGUUGGCUUUAGUGUGACAUAGAGAAGUCACUGUGCUGAUUCAUUUUUAUCUAAAAUUAAUUUUUAUAUUGAAAAAGAAAAAUAGUUAUUUUACUCAAACAUUAGACCGGAAAGUAAUAAUUUAAAAAAUAAGGAAGUGACAUGUGAGGCUCCCCUCUGCUCCUCUUCUCCAUCACAGAUAUUUUGGAAUCCCAAGGUAUCCCUCGUACCUCUUGAUAUUAAUGUCUUUGCAUUUUUCACUUAAAUUUCUUAGCAAAUAUUAAUGGCAGAAACCAAAAACUAAAUUCAUGAAUAUCAAGAGCACCACCUUCUUUUUGUCCAUAUUGCACUUUCAUUUCAAACUAUGCACUGUGAAGAGAUGUUUUUUCCCAGGUAGAAAAGGUUGUUCCCCUUUCCUGGUAUUUUACUGGGCUUGGGCUGUGGAACUUUCUUCAUGUCCGCCCUUCUUUUAAGUCAUUUUAAGUAGACUUGCUAUCACUUAAACCUCAUGUCAAGCAAUCCAGUUAGGCAACCUAGGUUCUUGCUGGAAGAAUGCCAAGUCUCAAGGGUGUGAGCAGCAGAAAAAGUGUGAUGCUAGAGAACGUCUGUCCUUGACUAAUCGUAGAGGGUUGGGCAGUUGGGCAGCUCCACAGUCAAUGUUCUGGCUCUUAAGUCAUUGGAGCGUGGGCAUCAGUUAAGUAGUGGGUUUUUUUUAUAAAGAAUCCUUACUCCUCAACAGGUCCAAAAGUUUUUGUGUUUCUUUUUAUCCAUAAAGUCUUUAUUCAGGUUUGAUUAGUAUAGGUUACAUUACUAGCCUCCCUUAAUGGGACCACCUGACCCACUCCUUUCUGCCAGACUCAGUUUGAAUUGUGUUUCAAACUUUGAAAGUAGAGCUAUUUAAUUUUAAAGUUAAAUCUCAUAAAAGGUGUCUGCAUCACCAUUUCUAGCCUCCACAUAUAGCUAUUAACUCUGAUAGCAGAAAAUUCUGUUGACUUUUUCUCACCCGUCUCAAAUGCCUUCAAUGAAAUUGAAUGUGGUGUGAUGUUCCAUGUGUUAAAAUAGGUUUAGAACAUUAUUUCCAUUGUUAUCACUUAUACGCUUGUUUUACUCCCUUUAAUAUUGUUUUAUUGGAUUUCUUUUUCACUAUUUGGACUCUGAAAUUUGUGAUUACAAUCACUUGGUUGUCAUAGCUGAAAGAUUUCUGGUGGCUUAAUGGUCGCAAUGGCCACCAGCACUUGAUGUGGUGUGGGUAUUUGUAUAGAAAGGCACUGUGUGCUCGGGUAAAGUCCCAGACCUUGGCAGGAAGAGUCAGCUUGUGACCUUGUAUGUCUAUCACUUGAGUGCAUUUCUAUUGUAAUACAGAUGUUGAUUUGCAUCAGCAUUAUAAAAGGGCACUUCUGUGGCUCAUUUAUUUAAAAAAAAAAUUAUGAGUAAGUCUUGAAUUAAUCUUGGCCUUGUUUCCAAAUCCUGUCUUCCAUUUCCCUGUUCUCCACUUCCUGACCACUUAAGGAAAGCUCCCAACCCUUUGAAGAAAGUGUAAUGAGCUGUCAUUUUAUCAGGUUUACAAAUUAAGUGCUUGGUUUUUAAUGUAUCCUCUACUGUUUUGAUUUUCAAAUUUUCUUAAUUCACUCUCUGAAGAUGUGCCUUUUAUUGGGUAAUGUUAAUUCACGAAUGUAGUAAUGCUAUUUCACAGCUGUAAUAAUGUUACAUGACCACGAGCGCAGCACUCUAACAUGAGUGAUGGGAAAGGAAAGUAGUUUUCAGAGCUCAUGGCGCUGAUUGCACAGUCCCGCUGGCUUUUGAUGGUGCUAUGUCGAAGCGAAGGGCACUUCUUUGAAGGCUACUUUCAGAACUUGUCUUUGUAUUUUCUCUAAUCUACAAAUGCAAUUAUGUCCCUUUGGAGGCCAGGGUACCACAUGUCACAGGCAGCCUUACAUGUGUGCCGUGAGAAGGUUCAGAGACUGUUAACAAAAAGGAAAGUCUAUGGGAAAUAGAAAUUUUGUUUUUUAAAUGUAAUCCCCAAGAUUUUCUCUAAGACAUAAAUUGUUGUUUUGUAUUUUGUAACUAAAAAGCAGCUAUUAGUACAUUUCUGAGAUAUAGCAGGAGACCAAAAUAUGUUUGGAAAGAGAAUAAAUAUAUGAAGAGAAACUGGUUGUUUUAUUUUCAAUGUGCUGAAUAUAUUAGACUACUAUUUAUUUUGUGAGUAGAUGUGAUAAAGUAAAUAUUCAGGUGUUUAGUGUAUGACUAAGAGUGGGAUAUAGAUUUCUUUGGGUUAUUAAAUCCAUCAUGUCUUUUACAUAAUGGACAAAUCAAGUUUAAAAAGAAAAAAACAACUUUUACUUAGCUUAGCUUGUUUUCUGGU